AUGUUAACUGCGUCUGAACUGCAAUUGGCGAACGAAAUUAUGGAAGUAUUACAACCACUUGAAAAAGUGACAAAGGAACUUUGUGGUGAACGAUACGUCACGGCUAGCAAAAUCAUUCCACUAAUCAAUUGUUUGAAGAAUAAAAACCAAAUACUUUGUGAAAAUUUGAAAACGUUGGGACAAAUAGAAAACAAUUUUAUUAUGACAGCUUCGACGAUUUUGGAUCCUAGGUUUAAGCAAUUACACUUUAACCAGCCUUUAGCAUGUUCACGAGCAAUCAACCGUAUUGCUAAAUGGAUGAAAGAAUUGGAUCAGACGAAUGUGUCUAAUAAUGUAGUUCCUAAAACAAAAAUAGAAGUAUCCGAUAAAACUAAUGAUCUAUGGUCUUUCCACGAUGAUCUUGUUAAAGUUAGGACUACAAAUGUUUCUCAACAGCACGAAGACGAGAUGCCAACUGACUUGAAGCACUAUUUGGAUCAACCAAUGAUAGAUCGUAAAGAAAAUCCUAUUCGUUAUUGGUUAAAGCUCACUUCAGUAUACCCAACUCUCAGCAUUAUUGCCAGAAAAUAUUUGGCAAUUGUUGGAACGUCAGUGCCUUCAGAAAGACUAUUUUCAAGAGCUGGCAAUAUUUUAACAGACUCCAGGAAUCGACUUUCGCCCAAUUAUCUAAAAAAAUUGUUAUUUCUGAAUUCACUGUCUAUCAAAGAUUGGCAAUUAUAA